AUGACAGAUUACCCAUUCUAUAAACCAGAUGAUGAAACCAAUAUAAUAUAUAAUAUAAAUAUAAAUAAAAAAGAAGGAUUUAGUGCGAUUAAAUCUUGUUCAUUAGCAAAAUUAAUAGAGAAAUUAACAUCAACAAAACAACUUCACACAUAUUUUUCAUCAGCUUUUUUUUUAACAUAUAGAGAUUUUACAACCCCACUAGAGAUUAUUAAUCUUUUAAUUAGUAGAUAUACAGGACCACCACCUGAUUCAAGUAAAGAUUCUUUAAGAUUAUUUGAAAUUGAAGUUGAUAUUGUUCAAGCAAAUGUUUUAAGUAUAUUUAGGACACUUAUUGGAACAUUAAUACAAGUAGAUUUCGAUACACCAAAAUUAUCAAGUUCAAUUAUAGAAUUUUUCAAUUCGUUACCAGAAAGUGUAAAAAAUGAACUCUUUUUAGAAUUUUUUAAAGCAAAGAAAAUGGCAAGACCACCCGGAUCAAUUCCCAAACCUGUAAAUAGUAAUAUAAUAUCAUCAGCCGCUUCAACAAUGCGUUUUUCAUAUUCUGUUAGUCCAAAAACACAAUCACCAAAUUCUACAAAUAAUGUUUUAUCAGGCUUAUUAUCAAAUAAUGGUAGUAAUACAAUGAAUGGUAUAAAUGGUACAAGUAAUAAUAAUGUAAAUAGUAAUAAUAACAAUAAUAAUGGAACAACAAAUAUUAGUUCACCAAAUUUUGAUCCAAGUAGAUCAUCGAUGAAAAUGGGUAAAGGUAUAAUGAAAUUACUUCAAUCUAAUAUAGCUAAUUUUAAUAAUCAACAAAAUGGAGGAGGAGGUGGUGGUAGUAAUAAUGGUACAUCACCACAAAGUUCACCAUCAUCAACACUUUCAAGCACAAACUCAUUAUUCAAUCAACAACCAUCAUUAUCAAUGUUAAAUGAUGAUGGUUCUGUACAAAACAACAAUAACAACAAUAACAACAACAACAACAACAACAAUGUAAAUGAAAUUUCAACAAUAAAUGUACAAUUACCACCAUCAACUCCACCAAUUAAUGGUAUACCAGGUGAGAAAACUGCAUUCUUACCAGAGGCAAUCGCCAAAGAAUUGACCAUUAUGGAAUGGGAAUUAAUCACAGCUUUAAGUGUUAGUGAUAUUACCAGUAAAGAAUGGAAUAAAUCUGUAAAUAUUCAAAAUUUAACAACUUGGUUCAAUAGAAUUAGUUCAUGGGUUUCAACUAAGAUCAUAUCAAAAGAAACACCAGAAGAAAGAGCAAUCAUUAUUGAAGCUUUUAUUAAUAUAGCAAACUUUGCAAAAGAAUUAAAAAAUUAUAAUUGUGUUAUGGAAAUCUUAGGUAGUUUACAUGGUUCUUCAAUAAGUAGAUUAAAAUCAAGUUGGGCUUUAUUAUCACAAAAAACAAAUGACAUGUUUCAAAUUUUAAAUAAUUUAAUGACAACAGAUGGUAAUUUUAAAAAUUAUCGUAAAAUUUUAACAACAGUAUUACCAAAUGAACCAUGUAUACCCUAUUUGGGUUUAUUUUUAACAGAUUAUACUUAUUUGGAUGAAUCGAAUCCAUCAUUAUCAACCGAUAGUAAUUUGAUAAAUAUUGAUAGAAUUUUUUUGAUUAGUACUCGUGUUCAAGAGUUUUUUCAAUUGUUUACAAAUUGUAACUAUACAUUCAUUUCAAAUAUGUCUGUACGUGAUGCGAUUUUAGGUGAAAAGGUUUGGGAUGAAAAUGAAAUUUUUAGACUUUCAAAGAUUAGAGAAGAGACAUCAUCAUUACAAUCAUUAAAAGAAUCAAAUGGUAUAGGUAAUAGUAAUAGUACAAGUGGAGGUAGUAGUAGUAGUUUAGUCAAUAAAGAUGGUAGUGGUGGUGGUGGUGGUAGUGGCGGUGGUGGUAGUGUUAAUAGUAAAGGUGAUGGUAAAGGUGAUGGUAAAGAUAAUCGAGAUGGUAGAGGUGAUGGUAAUAGUAAUUGUGGUAAUGGUAGUGGUAUUAGUAGCAAAGAUAAAGAUUUACUAUUAUCAUCAUCAUCAUCAGCAGCAUCACAUACAGUUAGAAGAAAGAAUUUUGUAACCAAAUAUCGUAUGUCAUUCACUGGUAACGAUCCAUUACCAUCGGUUUCAUCGACAUUGUCCGAAAGAGAAUGGAAGAUCUUAACAACAAAUUCUAAAACCAUCAUUUAUCCAAGAGGUAAAACUGUAUUAAGUGUGGGUGAAACCAAUACCAAUAUUUAUCGUGUAAUCUCUGGUAGAGUAAAAGUUGAAACUUUGAAAUCAUUCAAUUCAUCCGAUGCUGAUUUAGGUGCAGGUGGUGGUGGAGGUGGCGAUAAUCGUGGCGAAGAUAAUAGUUUGAUGGCAAUUAAAGCAAGGAAUCGUCUAUCAUUGAAUUUACCUGCUCAGGAUGAUGGUUACUAUGUUGAAGAGGGUGAAAUAUUUGGUCAAGAAUCAUUCCUCUACACUGAUAGACCUAUGCUUUCAAAUAUUAUUGUCGAUAGUGGAGAAUGUGAAUUAAUGGAGAUUGAAAAAUCAUUUGUAUUACAAUUAUUUGCAAGUGAACACCAACUAUCUGCAACUUUUUAUAAAUUUAUUGGUGUAAUUCAAGCUCAACUAUUAAAAUCAAUUUAUAUCAAUUUUACAAGUAAUUAUGGUAACGGUGGUAGUGGUGGUAGUGGUAGCAAUGGCAAUGGUGGUGGUAGUAGCAAUGGUGCGGGUGGUGGUGGUUUAAGUAGUAGUGUUAGUAUUGGUAAUUUAAAUUCACCAAAUAUCAAUAGAAUCGAUUUUAAAAGAAGAUCAACAAUCUUUGAAACACCAUCAUCAUUGGAUAUAUUACGUGAUGGUAAUGAUUCAUCUUUUAGAACUAAAUUUGGGUUAUCACAAGAUGAAGUUAUCAUUAAACGUUAUCAAUGUAAACAUAAUAAUAUGAAUGGUACAUUAUAUAUCACAAAACAUAAUCUAUGUUUUGAGGGUAAAUUCCUUGGUAUAAAUAAAAAUAAAACCAUACCAUUCGAUCGAACCGAUAAAAUCUUAACAGUUGAUAAAAAUAUUAUGACUGUCACUACAAAAGAAAAAGUAAAGAAAUUCACUUUUAAAUCACAUGAUGAUCUAAAUGAAGGUUAUGGUAUUUCAGUUCAAAUUUGGGCAAAUCAUUUAAAUAUUAAUGUUAAACAACAAUUACAAUUACAACAACAACAAUUACAACAACAACAACAACAACCAUCCCAACAACCAUCUCAACAACAAUCUCAAUCAUCACAAUUACAACAAUCAGUUAGUGCAUCAUCAACAACACCACCUGUACCAAAUUCACCAAAAGUUGGACGUGGUGAAUCAUUUAGUAAUAUUAAAGAUUUACCAUCAAAAGAUGAAUGGAAUCAAAUUCUUAAAGGUACAAAACCAUUAACCUUUAAAAAAGGUGAAAUUUUAAUUUGUGAAGGUGUUGAAUAUCAAAAAAUGUUUCAAAUUGUCAAAGGUGAAUGUUCAGUUGUUAAAAGUUUAUUACCAACUCCAUUGGAUCAAAAUAUUUUUAAUAAUAUUAAUAAUAAUAAUAAUAAUAAUAAUAAUAAUAAUAAUAAUAAUAAUAAUAAUAAUAACAAUAAUAAUAAUAAUAAUAAUAAUGGAAAUAAUAAUAAUAGUAUAUUUAAAAAUAAUUCAUCAAUUAGUAAUACAAAUAGUAAUACAUCGAUUGAUGGUGGAGUUGGUGGUGGUUUAUCACCACAAACAUUAGUUGAUCCAAAAAAUUCUGUUAUUGUUUCAAAAUUAACUCAUGGAAGUAUUUUUGGUGAAAUGUCUUUCUUAUUACCAGGUGGUAGCGCAACAUCUUUGGUUGUCUCAAGUGAUGAAGUCGAAGUAUAUAUUAUCGAAAGUUAUUUCCUUCAUAUUCUAUUAAAAUCAAAACCUUAUUUAGCAAGUAAAUUUUAUAAAUAUUUAGCCUGUGUACUUGAAACACGUGUCCGUAAUUUAACUUAA